CGACCUAAACCUAAAAAAAAAAGAAGAGAAGGAAGCAGCAAGAGAGAUUUGGUAGUAGUAAUAUAGUUGUUGGUCUCGAAUCCUUCCUCAAAGAAACAAUGGCAUGGGAUUUAUUCUUAUGGAUUAUCUCCUUCGUUAUCAGCUUAGCCCUCGUCGCUUCCGUCUUCUAUCAGGUUAUAUGUUUAACGGAUUUAGAAGCUGAUCACAUGAACCCUUUUGAAACAUCAACCUGUAUCAACCGAUUGGUGCUGCCUGAGUUUCUCCUCCAAGGCUCACUCUGCCUUCUCUUCCUCCUCACUUGGCAUUGGUUCUUUUUCCUCGUGUCUCUCCCUGUUACAUGCUAUCACGCUAUGCUAUACAAUAAGCGACGACAUCUUGUUGAUGUCACUGAAGUGUUCCGUGGUAUUGACUUUGAAAAGAAGCUCCGGUUUACCAAGCUUGGGUUCUACAUCUCUCUCUUCAUCCUGGUUGUCUUUAGGCUUACUCUCUCGGUGGUCUACAGCUUAACGGAGGACGAUGAUCUACUUCAUCUGUUUUGAUUAGUGUGUUGUUAUAGAAAUUUGUGACGCUGCUGCUUUAGAAUUAGUCAAUUAGGGAUUUACUCAUGAUUCUAAUUGUCUUAUAUGAUGUUGACAAUUCAUCAGAAAAAUCCAAUGUUCAAGAAAUAGCUAGACGCUUGUUUGGUGCUUUAUACAAGAUUAUUGAUUAGGC